UUUUAUUGGUCAAGAAAUCGAUGGCACCUGUCAGCCAAUCAGAGCGCAGUAUCUAUGGGCCGACCAUCCAAAAUGGCCGCCGACUUGGUCAUCGGCAACGUAGUGCCGUGAAAAACAUCGCAUAUGCUGGCGUUGUGCCGUCUAGAAGGAGCUCUUUAGACAUGCAAGGGAAAAUGGGGGACAGUUCAUUAUCGACCGUUGCUUGGGGAGGGUUGGCGCUGGCGCUGUUUGUGGGCACGUUCGGGCCCUUCGGCGGAGUCUUCCUGUUUCUGUAUCUGGUUUGCUUCCUUGUUGGGGCCUUUGUGAUACUGUACAGGAGAGGGAAGGAGGAGUCGACUGUAGAGUUGCAGCAGAGCUCAUCUGACAGACUGGAGAGGACCAGUGAUGGAAUACCAAAGCUUGUGGAAGAGGCACAGAAGAUAAGGCAGUACAAAACAGACAAGAGGCUGACAGGAUCCAGUACCAUCGAUGAGCCACUCAGAGAGGUGUUGGACUACACGUUCCGUGACUACGUGCAGAACUGGUACCACGACAAGAUCAGUGACGAUGAGUCGUUCCUCCACGACCUCAGGAUCAUGACUCAGAGGGUCAUCAUUGCUUUUGCUAACAAAUCCAAAGAAGUAGAAUGGGUGCCAUAUUUCACCACCAGACUGGUGGACGACUUUGCUUCUCAUCUCAGACUCUUCAGGAAGGCACAGGAAAAGGUGCUAAAGGCAGAGAAAAACCCAGAUGGUACUCCGAGGCCGCAGGACGACCUUGAGAGCAUCUUCUUCGACCUUGAAGCAGACAUGGAAAAAACAAUAUGCCGUGAUCUCAUCUGUACAUCAGAACAAAGAGAAAUAGAAUACCUGCAGGACCUGUCCGAGGUGCUGCUUUAUCUGCUGCUGCCGCCCGAGGACUUCCACAACAAACCCUUCAGGUUCAUCGUCAGGGAGAUCCUGGUGAACGGAAUGAUCCUGCCAACAAUCGGCACAUUCUCAGACCCUGACUACGUCAACCAGACUGCAGUGUGGCUGUCCCCAACAAAGACAGUCAGGCAACAGGACGAUGCUACUUUUCAGAUCAAGGAUUCCUGUUUUGUGAACGAGGCAUUCCUGACAGUCAUCAAGUGUGGGGAUGAGAUCGGGGAGCUGGAGGCUGUUAUGGAGAGGGUGGACGCAGAGAUCGCCAAAACCAGAGCAAGGGACACAAGUGGAGAUGACUCCGAUACCAAACAGCAGCUGAACAGCCUAAUGUUUGUAAAACAGCUGUGUGAGAGAAGGGUACAACAGCUGUACAGCGGGGACACUGACUCUCCUCCAGUGGAUACGGACGAGAUCGGGGGAAUUCGGGAGGGCUGGCUGUACCAGUUACCACUAGAUGUUGCAUUAAUUAACAACGUAGCCUUGUCAUAUUUCAUAGAUUUUCUAACAGCGAGUGGUCGCCAAGGUUACGUGUUCUUCUGGCUGACGGUUGAGGGUUUCCGAGUUUCAGCGACAAUGCAGAUUCAGAACAACACGAGGGGACCGGACUACGAGAUGCUCAGGGCAGCUGCACUCAACAUUUACGAGCAGUAUCUGUCAGAAAAGGCGUCCCCAAGAGUGAAGCUGGAGGACAGUCUAGUCAAGUCCAUCUACAACACAAUAAUCAAGGACACACCGUCAGCAGGGAUAUUUGACGAGGCUCAGAGAAGGGUAUUCACAAUUCUGCAAGAGGACAAGUUUUACCCUGCUUUCAAGCGAUCGCCUGCCUACGUGAAGCUUUUGGCAGAGCUUGAACUUCUCAAGGACCCAGAGGUUGGGCCAGACCCGGAGGAGGGCAUCGAAGCCAAAAAUACUCUUGAAGGAUCAGGAUCAUGGUUGCUAAGCCCAAUCAGAGAGGACCAGAUCAAGCUCACUGCCAAGAUCAUGCAGACAGGAAUUUGUAAGGAGCAUGGGAAGCAGUACGCGCUGUACGCCAUCAACGUGCGGAAGGAAACUCCGAUCGAGGAGGAGGUGUGGGACACGUUCCGCAGAUACAGCGACUUCCACGACCUUCACAUGAGGUUAAAGGACAAGUUUGACUCCCUAUAUGCUCUAAAACUCCCUGCCAAGAAGACGUUCAAAAAUCUGAACAAGGAGUUUUUAGAGAAGAGGAGAAAAGAGCUAAAUCAGUAUUUGCAGACGUUACUGUGUGAGGAUGUUCUGCAGAACAACCCAGGGAUGAAGGAGGCCAUGUUGGAUUUCCUGGAGAACAAAGCCUACAACAAGGGGAAAGGGCAGCUGGCUAGGAAGAUGGACACACUAGUAAACCCACUGAGGAACUCUGUCAGGAACACCUUCAAUGUGGUGAAGUCCAUGCCUGACAACUUGGCGGAGGGGGUGGGGAAAAUGUCCGACGGUCUGGGGAAGGUGUCGGACUCUGUGUCGGACAAACUCGGCAAGAUUGGCAACAAGGUCUUAAAGUCACCACAAGGAUAUGACGACUGUAAGGUCUCGGCACACAUUGAAGAUAACAUUGAUGACAACAUUCCGCUGCGCAUCAUGCUGCUCCUUAUGGACGAAGUGUUCGACCUGAAAGAUAAAAACCAGUGGCUACGGCGGCAGAUCGUGGCUCUGUUGCAGCAGAUUAUCCGAGCGAUCCUCGGAGACAAGAUGAAUCGCAAGAUCGUGGAGCAGGUCGGAGUGCUGACCUCGGCAGAACAGGUGGCAGAGUACGUCAAGCAGUUCAGGGAUGCCUUCUGGCCUAACGGUGUCCUCGCGGACCCAGCAGAGAUCCGAGAGAAGAACAUCUGCAUGAGAACCAGAGUCGCCGCCAAGACAAAAAUGUUGGGCAGCAUCCCAGAUGAGUUGAAGCACGUGAUCGGUGCAGAGACGACAAGAAAAGGCGUCACGCGUGUCUUCGAGAUGUGCCAGUACCCGCGUCUCAACAGGAGACUUCUUUACGUUGUUCUCGAGGGCAUCCUCGAGACACUCUUCCCUGAAAACAAGUUCCGGGAAAUCUUCAUCAAGCUGCACUCCAAGUCGCCAAGGAUAAAGGCAAGGAUGGACACAAGAGCGCCCCCCGGAGGCCAGAACAAGAAAGACAGGUGGAAACAACAGAUGUCAUAAUGGGGAUGUUUUGGGGGGUAGUUGGAAUGGCUCAAAACCAAAUUUAUAUGUUGUAGAUUCAUUCUUUGAUUUUCUUAGGGACUUAUUUUUGAGGUUGGAGGGGAAAAUACCUUCUCACUUUGUUUUAUAUUCACAGUCCAGGGCUCGAAAUCCUUUUUUUCUGCAUACCUGCACCACUCUGAAUUUAGGAAGUAUGGAUCAUACUAAAAUUGUUGAGGAACCAUUGUUAUUUUUUCUUUUGUACUUAAUAUGUGGAAGCAGUCAGUGUAACUGAUAACAAUCCAUAUACACCUACAUCAUAGGACAUCUAUGUAUAAAGCUCAGUACAUGGACUAGUGCAGGUUAGGUGCAGGUAGACACCAGAAAUCCCUGCACAGCUCCAAUUUUACCUGCACUAACCUGCAUAUGCAGGUGGUAUUUCGAGCCCUGCAGUUAAUACUGUACACAAAGCCACACUAUUUCGGGAUGUUACAAAAUUGCCUUUGAAAGCCACUGCAAAUAUUGCAAAAGUAAAACUAACAAGAAUUUCUCCAUGGCUAUAUAAAAGCCUGAUAUGUCCUCUGUAUUAUACAGUCAUGCACAUGUGUAUUAUGAAUUGAUUCUCAAAGUACACUGAAAUAGAAUUUCUUCUAUCAUUAAAUUUAACUUUUGAUUUUGAAGCAUUCCAUGCAGACUGAAGCAAUUAUUAUAGAUUCUACAAGAAUAGUUUCCUUGAAUUGAAUAAGAAUUUGCUCAAAACAGAUUUUCAUUAGGGGGUGAAUAUACAUAUGUAGAAAUGUUGAAAUGUUCAGUGGUGUACAAAUAAAGUAUGUGUUUUCAGAAUGAAAUAACAAAUUUCUAAUAAUUAUUGUAUAGGUCCAUUCUAGAUCUUGUGUAAUUGAAAAUUGAGUGAAGUGUCAAAUAUUUAUUCAAAAGUGAUAUUGUAAAAUAAUUUAACAUUUGAAUUGUAAUACUAGUAACUUUAUAACACAUUAUAUGUUCAUUUUGUUAAGAAUACUUCCAAAAAGAGCUGAAGAUGAAGAUUGAA